CGGCGAAAUGGCCUCUAAACAGGGGAACCGAUAAAAUACCUAACCUGGUCUGGGAGACGCAACAGUGGUUAAUUUGCAUGUAACUUACCAAAUGAAUUUGGAGAUGAUCCAAAUACAGAACGAAACGGAAGAAAUUUUCAAAGAACUAUGUAUGUGCAAUGGAUUGUCAUAUGAGAAGAUUGCUCUGGAAGGACCAUCAGUCACUGAACUGGAAAUGUUCUUCUCCGGAUAUCCGCAAAUGGUGGGACUGCUAUACUUUCCAAAUUUAGUUGUUCUUACGUUAGUGAAGCAAAAUAUCACAAAAAUUGAAGGUUUGGAAGCAUGUCCUCUGCUUACUCAACUGUGGAUUGUUGAGUGCCAUAUAACGGAUAUUAACAGAUUAAGCUACUGUACAAAUCUUCGAAGACUCUACUUGUAUUACAAUCAAAUCACAAAGAUUAAAAAUCUGGAAAAUCUGAAGAAGUUGGAGAUCCUUUGGUUGAACAAUAAUAAAAUUAAAGUUAUAGAAGGCUUAAACACAUUGACACAUCUCAAGGAGCUGAAUCUUGCUGGAAAUUUAAUUGAUGUGAUUUCUAACUCUUUGGACUUCAAUGUUCAGUUAGAAUGGCUGAACCUUUCGGGAAACAAAAUAUGCUCCUUUAAGGAACUCACUAAUUUAGCAAGACUGCCUGAGCUUCAAAUAUUAAGUCUAAAGGAUCCACAAUAUGCUCCAAAUCCUGUGACUCUUCUCUCUAACUACAUGACACAUGUAGUAUACCACAUGCCGAAGCUUCUGAGACUGGACACUUAUGAUGUGUCCAAUAAACAGGCGAAGGACUUUGCUGAGUCAACUGUGAUGAAAAAGACAAUGUAUUAUCGUAUGCGUAUGAAGGACAUCCGACGGCAGCAAGCUGAAAUUGUGGCAAAGUUACAGAAGCAAAUUAGUUCAUUGCAGGACGUGCCUAAGGAACGAAUAAAUACCAUUGGCUUCUGCAUUAAAACCCUAGAAUCAGAAUUGACAAAGCUGUAUUUGAGCAAAAGACCAAAUUCUAUGAAGACGUUUCUGAAUGGGUUGAGGAAUAAAGACAGGAAUGAAGAAAUGCACAGCAAUAGUAAUUCACUAAAGGACAACACAGAAGGUUCCACUGAAGAGCAGAAAAUGUGUCAAAAAUUGGAUGCUCUGAAAGAAAGACUUACAUUUUGGAACAACAGGCUGGAUGAAACUGAAGUAAGGUAUCAGACUGAACUGAAGCCGAUCGUUGAUUUUUUUAAUUUGAGUAUUCUGUUUUUGUUAAUUGAACUGGAAACCGUGGGAAACAUUCGCUUUGAGGAAGGCACUCCUUCUGAUGUAUGGUUCACUUCCUGCUAUGAUGUAAUCUUGUCUCGAUUCUGUGCUUGGGACUUCAAGAAACUUGGAGUGACAGGGUUAAAAAUAAAUCGCAUAGUCAGAGUUCACAAUCGAGUGCUACGCCUUAAGUAUGAGGAUAAAAUCCAAUCUAUUUUGAAUAAAGAAGGAUCUCCUUUUAAAUCAGAAAACUACAGUAAGAUGUUGGAAUACCUGUUUUACAUAUAUGAUCCCAAAUUAUCGACAGAAAAGAAUGAAAUUCUCCAGAUUCUUGAAGAUGGUUUCAAAAAAGCAGAUGUUUAUCGGCUUCAAGGUCGUGAUGAGGCAGUCCCUCUCUGUAAUAGUAUGAGCCUAUGUGAACAACCCAGAAUUGAUUACCUGCAGCAACAAACUAAAGUCCAGAACACCAAUGUAUUUGAUGCAAUACCUUUUAGAUAUGGUCAGCUCAUUAUUGCCAAAGUUUUCCUUGGUCAUAGUGUUCAGGCCAUCGAUUCAGAACCUAUUGAACAGUUGAAGUAUCCAAAUGCAAAUUCUGUCUACAGACCUCGAAAAGUGAACACCAGAUGUGCAAAUGAUACAGGAUUCUCAAGUUCCUUAAAGUUCCACGGCAGCUGUGAUUGCAGCCUUCGUCAAUAUGAGUGGUUUGUGUUUGACCAUGAACUGGUUGUUCCUGAAUAUUUUAUUGACUUUGAAUAUAUAACACAGAAUGAUGGGCAGUCAUUUUAUUCUGCUUCUUCUGAAAACAAAAUACAUCCAAGGAAGCAGAGUAAAGCAGAAAUAUUGAUCAUACAGCGAGCCAUGGCAUUUGACGAAGAAGUGUUAAAAAUGGAUCCAAUUGUGACGCAAAGUCAUAAAAUUCCAAAUCUGGAGGAGAUGACUUUACUUUCUGCUUCUGGAGCUUCAAUAUUGAGUCAAAUCACAAUUUUGAACUUACAUGGAAAUGGUCUGCGUAAGCUAAAAGGUAUCUCCAGACUCUCAAAUUUACAGAAACUAGUUAUCAGCUUUAAUGAACUCACACAGCUCAAUGACCUUUCAAACCUGUCUCAUCUAAGAUUUUUGGAUGCAAGCCACAACCAGUUGAUAACUUUAGAUGGUUUCACUGGAAUGGAGAAUCUCAACUAUUUGGACCUGAGUUGGAAUCAAUUGACUUACAUCAAAAAAGAAAUAGGAGUUCUUCAUAAACAUGCAUUUGAACUUCUUUCACUUGAUCUCUGUCACAAUCCAUGGAAAAAGCCUGAUUUAUUACGUCCACUUGUCAUUGGCCAAUUAAAGACUCUCACUUAUCUGAAUGGGUCCAUUGUAAUGGAGGAAGAAACUCUAGCAGCUCUGCAAAUGAUUGCUGAAUCCAAGAUUACGCAGGUUUCUUUAUUAGCCCAUUCACGGACUGAUGAAGAGCGCCCUCGUUGCCUCAGUUUAUUGAACGGCGCUCAGAAUCUGACUCAGUUAAGCAAAAAGAAACCAAAUCCAUCUGUCGACCAAAGCACCAACUGGUUUUCCACGAUUACUACGUUAAAUUUAGAUGGACAGAAUCUUUCACGGCUCACAAAUCUAGAUAGGCUGGAGAAUUUGCGCUGGGCUUCUUUUAAUAACAACAUCAUCCAUAAAUUUGAAGGCUUGGAUCACUGCCUUCAACUUGAAGAACUUUCUUUGGAAGACAACUUUAUUUCUGAACUUGAAGGGAUUUCAAAGCUGAUGAAACUGACUCGAUUGAAUCUUGCAAAUAAUCAAUUGAAAAGUUUGGAAGGCUGUGGUCUAGACAAGUUAACACAUCUCCACUAUUUGUCACUAGAAAACAACAACAUUUCUUCACUGCGCUGUUUACAGAAAAUAUACACCUUAAUAGAACUUUACUUGGGAAACAAUCUCAUCGUCAAUAACUGUGAAAUCUACCAUUUAAAGGGAAUGGAGAAUCUUGUAAUAUUGGACCUGUAUGGGAACCCAUUGGUUUGUAAACAAGAACACUAUCGCCUUUUUGUCAUCUAUCACCUGCCUUCAUUGAGGGCUUUUGAUGGGAAUGUCGUGGAAUCAGCAGAAUCUGAAAAUGCAAAAGAUGUGUUUGGUGGUAGAUUAACCGCUGAUAUGGUUACAGAGAGACUGGGGCAUUCAAACUUUUCAGAAAUUUUAAAGUUGGAGAUGCCAGAAUCUGCAAUCAGAUCUGUAGAUCUUGGACCUUCUGAGAAAUUUGGACGUUUACAAAGAAUCAAUUUGGAACGCAACAAUCUUACAUCCUUCAGUGGUCUUGUCUAUCUCCCUCGUGUCAAAGUGCUUUACUUAAACCACAACCACAUUGAGACCAUUUUGCCGAGACAAAAGCCUCAACUUCAUUUGACCAAUAGACAGAUUCUUCAGCAGAAGGUCUCAUCCAGUGGCUAUGGACAGUCAGGACUUUCCCGGAGCAACAGAGAUGUAAAUUAUGAAAAUCUUCCUCCUGUUAUGGAAAGCUUGGAAGUACUUCACUUAGGCUAUAAUGGCAUCUCUAGCCUCAUUCAACUACAGUUAAACAGACUUGUAAAUUUGAGAGUAUUGUGUUUAGAAGGCAAUUUUAUUAGUCAGGUUGAGGGGCUUGAUUGCCUUCAGAACCUUGUUGAAUUAUCAUUGGAAAGAAACCGAGUCCGAAUGAUCCAUGAGAACUCCUUUCUGGGCCAAACCUCUCUCAUUGAGCUCCACCUAGAGGAGAAUAGGAUGCGUGAUCUUAACAAUCUAUAUCCACUGGUAAAACUACAGCGACUUUUCCUCGGUGUAAACAAAAUCCAGGAUAUAGGUGAACUGGAAAAACUUGAUUCACUUCCAAAUUUGACAGAACUUUCAGUUGUUGGAAAUCCUGUCUCUCGUAAAAUGUUGUAUCGUCCAUUCCUAGUAUUUCGAUUGACAAAGCUUCAGAUAUUAGAUGGAGUUCCAGUCACUAUGGAUGAGAAAGAAAAAGCUGAAUUUCUAUUGUGCGAGCAUAAUACAAUGCCUUCAAGUUCAAUGGAAACAGGGUUAGCUGCAAUAAUGCCAUUACUAACGAGGCCCAAUACAUUGAGGACAACCAAUAGUCUUCCUAAAGGGUUGCAGCCUUUUUCAGGACCAGACUUCAAUCUCCCACAUGGCUUUGGGGACUCAGUACCACAGGAGCCAGUCAGAAAUAAGAGGCCCAAGCAUUUGGGAGCAAACCUGCCGAAUACUCGUACCUUCCAAUCCGACAUUAUUUGUCGGCAGAUAAGAAGUGGUGCAACCUAUCAACCUGCCUAUAUGCAGCAGCAGAGGGACAGUUCACGUAACAUGCGAACUUUAAUGCAAAUCCAAGAUCAAGAUAGCAGGGUACACAACAGUAGUGCUUCAAAGCCAUCUCAAAUGUGACAACAGGACAGAAAACAAUACGGACGUCUGGAUAUUCCUUUCUGAAGAGGCAGACAAACAACUUUGCAGACACCAUAUGUCCCUAACUUUAUGCCUUGUUUAUG